AUGCCUACUUCCUACACAUCCUUCUCUGCUCAACCCACAAAUAACAACUGGUUUUUGUUGUUCAACAUCUUCUUCUCUUCCCUUCUUGUUAUUGCUCUCCGAUUUUUCGAUCAAGAUGUCUCAGAUCGCUACAGUUACAAGUUCAUGUUUCUAUACCAAGGAGUUCAAAAUCUCCUCUGUAUCUUGAAGAGAAUCGACAAUGGUUUGAAGUUUUUAGAGAAUGCAUUCCUUGUGAAAAAACAAAUUGGAUUAAAGUUUAAGAACAUCAAAACUAACAUGAAAGAGAAGGCAGUCCUUGUGGAAAAUGAAAUCGGAUUAAAGUUUAAGAACAUCAAAUUUGAAGUGAAAGGCGAGGAGUACCCAUGUCCGUCGUUGCCAGCCCUCCCUGAUACUAAGGCAUCGUCAAAUUCGGACCUCGAUAUGGCGCCGAACCACGAGUACCAAGUGUCUGUCAAUUCCCCCACACUACUCAACGACAGUACUGGAGAGGUUUCUAAAGGACCAUGUUGGAGUCAUCUUCUAUGA